CACAGGCUCCUCCUCCUAACUCCCUCCCCUUGCUCCAGCGACUCAGCUAAUCUCCCCGCGGCGCGCGCCCUAAAGUUCUGGGUAAAGUACCGAGAACUGGUCGCGGGAUCGCACGCCGGCCAGUGGCAGAGGACCACGGACCUCCGCGCCGGGAAAGUCGGUGCGCAGCGCGGGCUUCCGCCCACCAUCUGUCGGCGAGUGGCGCUCGGCGCCCCAGUCUCCUGCGGCUGGUGCUGGAACUGCCGUCGGCUGAACCUUGCAGGGACCGGAGAAGCCGGGUUUGCGUCCUUCCCGGUCUGAAGCCUGCACUGGGGAACCACGCAGCGUCCACAGCUGCGGAAAGCUCAGGUGUGCCCUGUCCCAGCAAAGACCAAGAGAUUAAUGCAGCGUCGAUAACCCCGCCGCUGCCGCGGCCUCUUCUUUCAGAAGUACCACACUUAUUCAGGAAUUUCCUGCAAGCCUUCCAAAAUGGUCUUUAGACACACUGGAUAAGAGUCGACACUCGCCUGCGUGGCCUUCAGCCUCUCAACUCCACCAUCUUCUCAUGGCAUUUUGGUUGCACUGAGCCCAAGUGAACAGCUCUUCAUAAUGAGUGAUGAGAAGAACCUGGGUGUGUCCCAAAAAUUGGUUUCUCCUUCAAGAAGCACGAGUAGCUGUUCCUCCAAGCAAGGAAGCCGACAGGACAGCUGGGAAGUGGUGGAAGGAUUGAGGGGGGAGAUGACUUACACCCAGGAGCCGCCUGUGCAGAAAGGAUUUUUGCUGAAAAAGAGGAAAUGGCCCUUAAAAGGCUGGCACAAGAGAUUCUUCUACCUGGACAAAGGAAUCUUGAAAUACGCCAAGAGCCAAACUGACAUUGACAGAGAGAAGCUGCAUGGCUGCAUUGAUGUGGGGCUUUCGGUGAUGUCCGUGAAGAAGUCGUCCAAGUGUAUCGACCUUGACACUGAGGAGCACAUCUACCACCUAAAGGUGAAGUCUGACGAAGUCUUUGACGAGUGGGUAUCCAAGCUCCGACACCACAGAAUGUACCGGCAGAAUGAGAUCGCCAUGUUUCCUCAUGAUGUCAGUCACUUUUUCCCAGGGUCCUCUGUCACAGAUUCUGCCCCAGGAGUGUUCGAGUCCAUUUCCAGUAGGAAGCGUAGCAGUCUGCCAAAGCAGAAUUCAUUUCAAACUGGAAGCAGUUUGUCUUUUUCUUGUGCUGGUGACACUCGAGUUCCACUCUGGCUACAGUCUUCAGAGGACAUGGAAAAAUGCUCAAAAGACCUGGCACACUGCCACGCCUACCUGCUGGAAAUGAGCCAGCUCUUACAAAGCAUGGAUGUCUUACACCGGACAUACUCAGCGCCGGCCAUCAAUGCCGUCCAGGGUGGAGCUUUUGAAAGUCCCAAAAAGGAAAAGCGAUCACACAAGAGGUGGCGGUCCAGAGCUAUUGGCAAAGAUGCUAAAGGAACGCUGCAGGUCCCUAAACCUUUUUCUGGCCCGGUGAGGCUACACUCUUCUAAUCCUAAUUUGUCAACUCUGGACCUUGGCGAAGAGAAGUGUUACUCGGAUGGUUCUGAAGCCUCGUCCGAGUUCUCCAAGAUGCAGGAGGACCUGUGCCAUGUCGCCCACAAAGUUUACUUCGCUUUAAGGUCCGCCUUUAAUAGCAUAUCGGCCGAGAGAGAGAAGAUGAAACAGUUGAUGGAGCUGGACAUCUCCUCCACCCCCUCUGCUCAGGUCGUCGGUCUGAAGCAUGCCCUGUCAUCUGCCCUAGCACAAAACACAGAUCUUAAAGAACGCUUACGCAGAAUCCAUGCGGAAACUCUGUUCCUCGACCCUCCCGCUGUUCCCAAGUCGGGGGACAACCUGGCAGAGGAAAAUUCCGGGGACGAAAGCCGAGCCCUGGUGCACCAGCUCUCCAACGAGAGCAGGCUGUCCAUCACCGACUCCCUUUCCGAGUUUUUUGAUGCCCAGGAAGUUCUGCUGUCUCCUAGCUCUUCAGAAAACGAGAUUUCUGAUGACGAUUCAUAUGUCAGUGACAUAAGUGAUAAUCUGUCCUUAGACAACCUCAGUAAUGAUUUAGACAAUGAAAGACAGACCUUAGGGCCUAUUCUGGAACGUGGCGGGGAAGCCAGGUCCAAAAGGCGGACCUGCUUGCCAGCAAAGGGUCCCAACACCAGCAGUGUCAGCUUGUGGACCAUCCUGCGCAACAACAUUGGGAAGGACCUGUCCAAGGUGGCCAUGCCGGUGGAGCUGAAUGAGCCCCUGAACACACUGCAGCGGCUCUGCGAGGAACUGGAGUACAGCGAGCUUCUGGACAAGGCUGCGCGCAUCCCCAGCGCCCUAGAGAGGAUGGUGUACGUGGCAGCCUUCGCCAUCUCUGCGUAUGCAUCCAGCUACUCCAGAGCAGGCAGCAAGCCGUUUAACCCGGUCCUUGGAGAGACGUAUGAGUGCAUCCGACAAGACAAGGGCUUCCAGUUUUUUGCCGAGCAGGUCAGCCACCACCCACCUAUCUCCGCCUGCCACGCUGAGUCUGGAAACUUCGUUUUCUGGCAAGAUGUGAGAUGGAAAAAUAAAUUCUGGGGCAAAUCCAUGGAAAUUGUCCCAAUCGGCACAACCCACGUGACUCUGCCUGCUUUUGGGGAUCACUUUGAGUGGAACAAGGUGACCUCCUGCAUCCACAACAUCUUAAGCGGACAGCGGUGGAUCGAGCACUAUGGUGAAAUCGUCAUCAAGAACCUGACUGACGAUUCCUGCCACUGCAAAGUGAACUUCAUAAAGGCGAAAUACUGGAGCACUAAUGCUCAUGAGAUCGAAGGCACGGUGUUCGACCGCAGUGGGAAGGCUGUGCACCGGCUGUUUGGAAAAUGGCACGAGAGCAUCUACUGUGGCGGUGCCUCCUCCUCGACGUGUGUCUGGAGAGCGAAUCCCAUGCCGAAAGGCUAUGAGCAGUAUUACGGCUUCACACAGUUCGCACUGGAGUUAAAUGAAAUGGAUCCACUGUCAAGGUCUCUAUUACCACCCACCGACACUCGGUUUAGACCAGAUCAAAGGCUUCUAGAAGAAGGGGACAUAGAGGAAGCUGAGGUACAGAAGCAGAGGAUUGAGCAGCUGCAGAGGGAGAGGCGGCGGGUCUUAGAGGAAAACAACUUGGAGCACCAGCCCCGGUUUUUCAGGAAAUCCAGCGAUGACUCUUGGGUGAGCAACGGGACCUACCUGGAACUGAGGAAAGAACUUGGCUUUUCCAAACUGGACCAUCCCGUCUUGUGGUGAAGAAAGCUAUGUUAGCGUGCUUCCCCAUGUCUGCUUCCGGAAGCAGCACACACCUGUGUCUGUACCUUUAGAAGAUAAUAUCUAGAAUGACCACUUGUGCUUAGCUUAGCAUUGUAAGUACUGAAGUACAUAUUUUCUUCAGUUUCUUUACAAUUUCAAAAUACUAUCAUGGUUGUUUAUACGAAUGUAGAACACCUCGGUCAUUCUUUUUAUAUAUAAACUAUUUAAUAAAAAAUGGAAGAUUGAAUGUUGAUGUGUGGGUUUAAAAAAAAGAAGCUUUAACACUAGUUUUCCAAAGGUAAGGGGGAAAUCAAAUGUAUGCCUUAUAAAAUCACACUGGAGAAGAAGAACACUCUCCCAGGUGCAUUGAGAAAUAAGAACACCCAGCCAGGGUUCUCACCCAUGAACCAGCUAUCCAGGGUUAAUUGGGAGCUGGGAUAUCUUUUUGCCUCAGACAACUCUUGAAUUGCUUAUACAGAACGAGUCUGCCGGUGCUGAAGUACCAAGAAUAUUUUCAUUCUCAUUUUAGCGGUCACGGCGUCUGUAUGGGGUUUGUAGGAUGCAUAUUUUUUAUGUAAGGUGGACUUUGCCAGUCUGGAAGGGAACCCUUCUCUCCCUAUAGUUAUAUGCAACCCCCUAUUGCUUAGAGAAGUUGCAUUAAUCAGAGAAAUCUCCAAUAUUUCACUGUCCUGAUGGCAUCUUAGGGAGGCAGAAGGCAUUUCAUUUUUCCUCAGUGAGAGCCGAAUCCUUAGCAAAUUAAAAAACUACUUUCAGGGUCCUGCCCCACCCCUGGCUUGCAAGUCUUCCCUUUGGCCCCUUUUAAGAAUGGAAUGUCUCUCAUUUAGUACAAGAUAUACAGUAAACAGCCUAUGACCCUCUAAAGCUUGGGUGAAGUCACUGGUGGUCUUAAAUAGCCUGGCACAUCCCUCUUCCGUGUGGCUUUGGUAUUUUCUACCUCUCACUAAGCUCUGUACUCUCAAGCGUGUGUAGACAGUUUGACCAUCUGCCUUAUAGACAAACAUCAAGCAUUGCUGUCUGUGUCAUCCUGAGAAAACCGCAAAGGUUUUACACCUCCGUCCUCUACUCUCUUCUUGUUUAUAAUACUCUGAGGUCUGCCUCUGUCUCCAGUAGGAGCUACCAAAAGGAAGCUGUUGUUCUUGUAAGUGUCUUACUUCACAUUACCAUGGUAGAAUGUACGCAGCAGCUGAAUUGUGUUGUCAAAACAGUUCUGACUUAUGCCCAGAGCACAUUAAAACCAAAGCCUGAUUGUGAAGCCUUUGACUUGAAUGUUUGUAACGAUUCUAUGAAACAUUAUGUAAUAAUAGGGUAAAGAGAUUUCCAUAGGAAGCAUUUGAGGGGGCCAGUGAGAUCGGCUCAGCAGGUAAAGGCACUUACUGUCCAAGCCUGGCUACCUUAGUGCAAUCCCCAGGACCCACAUAAAAGAUGGGAGGAGAGACGGCCCCACAGAGCUGACCCGCGUCCCCCCAAAUAGCCGACUGAACAGUGCCGAGUUUUCACACCAGAGUGUUGACGGGGAAUCGGUGGUCUUUGGAGUCCACAAGUGACUGCCAUUUUAAACAACUCAUUAAAUAUUGGUUCGUUUAUUCCGUUUUAUAGAGAGGCAUCAAGAUGAACACAGUGGGAAUCUCAUUUCCAUUUCUAAGCAGCUGGAUGGCUCAGCUCGAUUCUUUAUUUCCCAUUUCUUGUCUUCUUUUCCCUUUUAAAGUGUUAUCUACAUUCUGCUCACAGACACGAGGAAGCCGGCUGUAGAUUUAAGGGCUCUCAGUGGGGAAACAAACCUGGUGUACACAAUGUGAGGAUAAAUGUGGAGUUUUAGUAAUAUUGACUGUUUAAUAGGCCUGCUCCAGAGGCUGGCUCAAAGGAGAGGGAAAACAACAAAAAACAACACUCCCAAAAACAUACCCCAGGAUGGGUGCCACCUUGUGGCACCAGUUGUUUGAAAAUUCUUAGGUUACCUGAUGGUGCAAUUUUCUGUUGAUUUCAAGUUUUUUUUGGAAUCCCAUCAACAGGUGACCCAGAUGUCACCUCUGCCAUCACCUUAUUUGAAUCGGGGACAGGAAUGAACAAAAUAUGUUCCAGAACCAUGUGUGAAUUCCCUGUCACUGCAAGUGUCUGGAUGGGGGCUUUCUGAAAUGCAGUUGGUCUGGAGGUGCAACCCUGGUAUUUGAAUCAUAAAACUCCCUGCAGGAGGGAGGGGCUGUUGAGUUCCUCCAUCCUGUCUAACACAUCCCCACACCAGGUUUGCUUGUGUAGGACUUGCAUAUUUUAUAUGAAGGACAGAACUAUGGUAUUGUCUGAGAAGAACUAAAGUAAAGGUUAAGUUUCUGGACUCCGAGUUUCUCAAUACAUAAUACCAGUCCGCUGCACCAUUUGGAACUCCUAUUUCAGCCUCUCUCAUUCUAAUUUUCCUGUUUCAAGUUUAUGAUAAACUACAGAUGUUCUCUAGGCUACAGAACCUUGUGCUAACCACAUACUACACUUCAUGUGUUCCUCUUUUCAGUACUCAUGAUCCCCAAACUGCAACACAUCGUGGUUAAGGAAUGGGCAUCUUCAGGAUAACAAAAGGAGGGGGCCCAGUUUCCUCCUCAGGUCCUUGGGUACCUGAAGGAUGGCAUUUCCCCUCCUCCAAAGUGGUAAUAAAAGCCUUAGUGCAACUUCUUCCUGCAGUUCAUGUCCUGAUGCUAGGAUGCUUCUGAUACUAACUAAACAGAGGCAGUUCACUUCCAAGACACUAGUUAUGAAUCUAGUACUAACUAAACAGAUGCAGUGCACCUGUGAGACACUAGGGGGAGUAUGGUACUCACUAAACAUGCAGUGCAUCUGAGACACUAGGGGGUGCCUGGUACUAACUAAACAGAUGCAGUGCAACUCUGGACACUAGGGGGAGUCUGGUGCUAAACAUGUAGCACACCUCAGAUUCAGGCAGGUUCUUGUACUACUAGAUAGAUAGAGGUUCACGUUAGGAUAUCAACACAGUUACCUACUAAGUAGCACGAAUGCCUCAGCUGCUCCCCAGUCUUCCAGUGCAUCUGGGGGGAGGGGGCUCCCUGAGGGAUGACUACACAAGCUGAGUUUUUUAACAUUUACUUCAUGUAGGCUGAUGUUUUCCUCAUACUCUAUUUUUAACUACUGCCAAUAAAUCAUUUGCUCAGCCUUCUAGCACUGCCCUUCAAAAUAGACGUAAGGACUACUUUGCUUUUUAAUGUAGGCUUACUGUGCACGACAGGCUCUCUGAUGGACCGUGGCUAUUACAGACUGUCCUCACACCCGCUUAGCUACCAAUGAGAGCAGUUGCUCAUGCAAUCUUAGGAAAAGCAGCCACAGUGUGUGGGCAGAAUUCAUCUGAAUGCCUUUAGUUUUGAUAUCAACAUCAGCAUAAAUCUUAUUUUUGCUAGCAGAUUAAAGCUGUUUUCUCGUGCUCAAUCUUCUGUGUCAUAUCUAUCUGUGACUUGGUACUUACCUUCCUCUGAUGAAAACCUACAUACUGAACAAGUAUCUUCAAAUCAUAACAGUCUACAGUUUUGAAGUCUGGUUUUAGGGGAUGUGGCAAUCGGAAAUGACUAAUUUAUUUCGUUUGUGUUACCCCCAGAGGAUAUGCUUUGGGCAGGGGAGGGCAAUUGAUACUUGUACAUCUUCUACAUGAUCAUUUGUGAAGUCCAAGUCCCACCUUGCUGCCCAUACCUGCUCAGCUUCCCCAAAAGCUCCUUUCAAUUUGUUGUCUUUCCACCCCCUGUGUGGCUCCUUGACUGAGAAUAAAGAACCUAGUAACAGC